UUGGUCACAAAUGGAUUUAACAUUCUUGAUGCCGAAAUGAACUCAAUUGCCACUGCCAUAUAUUUAGGUGUUUCUGUCACCGACCACAGCUGUAGGCCAAAUGCAGUUGCCACUUUUGAAGGAACAACUCUUCUUAUACAUGCGACUGAAACUAUUGACUGUUUAGAUUGGUCAAAGAUUUUUAUAAGCUACAUUGAACUAUUAAAUACUACAGAACAGCGACGACAUGACUUAAAAUCCAAUUACUAUUUUUAUUGUUUCUGCUCAAAAUGUCUGGACUCCAAUGAACUACGCGAAAUGAACGCCGCAUUAUGUCCCAACACAAACUGUAAUAUGUUUCUCGACAUCAGUGCAGAUAAAUGUUCGUUAUGUAAAACCAAUAUAAAUUCUGAAUAUCGUGCUGCAUUUAACGAAGCUAUGGCACUAACGAAGACACACUUAGAUAAAAUGAAAGAAGUUGCAUAUCUUGAUGUCUUACAAAUAUGUUUAAAUAAGCAAAAAGAUUAUUUGCACCCAUUAAAUUUGUGGCGCGUUAAGACAUUAGAUGCUGCUUUUGAUGCAUACAUUGAAGUUGGUAAAUGGGUAGAUGCACUAGAAAUUGGGCGACUACUUAUACCAGGGUAUAGGAAAUAUUAUGGAGAUUGGCACCCAAUGUUAGGAUUGCUUCACAUGAAACUUGGUAAAAUAGAGCUUUAUAAAAACUGCUUAAAGGAAGCUUCAAGCAAUUUAAGAUCAUCGAUAAAAAUUUUAGAAAUAACACAUGGCCAAGGACACAGUUUAGUGAAAGAAAUUUUGCUUCCAUUGUUGAUGCAAGCCACUAUUAACUUUUCAUAGCGUAAUCGUUUUAAAAUUAUUAAAUUG